AUGCCUGAUCAUCAUGAUUUAACCAGUUUUUCUGGCCAAUUAUCAACAUUUUAUAUGCUUAGUAUGUAUGGAGACCCAUUGAUUAUCAAUGGUUUAUGUAAAUUAGGACCCGCAUAUAAAAAUCAAUUUAAAUUUGAAAACGAAAGCGCUCAUGUGUUAUCUGACUCACAACGAAGAGCUAUGUAUGAUGGAAAAUUAAUGAAUGCAAUUGUAUUUAAUUACAAUCCUGCUGUCUGUGAAGAACAACUCGUUUUACAAGCUGCACCGAAAACAAAUGUUUCCUAUUUUGCUCAUACAGCACAUGCACAAAUGUUAAGCAAUGUUCGAUCUGUAGUAGCAUAUUCAAUUUAUUCAACAUUACAUAUUGUUGGUGGUACACAAGUAUUUUUCCCUUUAUUUGCUCAGUUAGAUCAUCAGCAAAUCGAUGAUUCAAUUAAUUAUAAUGCAUGCUCAGUUCUUCUAUCGACAUUAGGCGAAUUAAUUGCACGCUCAUAUACAAUUUAA